CUGCGGAGGACACACAGCAGCAGCAGUGGCAGCAGCGGGGGCAGCAGCGAUGGCUCCUCCUCCUCCUCCUCCUCGUCUUCCUCCUCCUCCUCGAGCUGCUCCUCCUCCUGCUCCUCUGCGAGCUCCGACGAGGAGGAAGGCAACGCCGCCAACUGCGAGUUCUCCAUCGUGCGGCAGCCGGAGCAGCCCCAGGACCCUCUCAAGCUGCGCAUCGCGGCCCGGCGGGUGGCCAAGGCACAAGACGGAUCGCCGGCCGGAUCGGCUGCGGCCGCGGCCGACGUCGCCGGGUCGGCCGCGGUCCGGCUGCGCAUCAAGCAGCGGAAGAGCCGGAGGCGGAGGCGGUCGCGGAGCCCCCCGGGGAAGUGCGGCGCGGCCGACGGCGGCGGGAAGCCGAGGUGCUCGUGCAUGGGCAGCCGGAUCGGGAAGACGCAGGAUCAAGACCCCUCGACUUGCAGCUACACGUCGUCCUCUCGAAAGGCCUCUCGCUCGUGCAGCAGCUCACGCUCUUCCAGCAGCGGCUCUUCGAGCUCCGGCAGCUCUAGCUCCACCUCCGGCUCGAGCUCCGGCUCGAGCUCAGGUUCCAGUUCCGGCUCCAGUUCAGGCUCUUCCUCGAGCUCCUCCGACUCGGAGAGCUCGUGCAGCGUCUCGGACUACUCCACGUGCCGCACGCCGCGCAAGGCGGACCCGUGCCUGCCUCGUCGCGAGGAGCCCAGACGGACGCCCCCGCUCCUCUCUCCGACAAAGCUUGUUCCUGCGAGCAUCGCGGACGCUCGCCUGCGCGACUCGGCGGACAUCGCGAAGGGGACUGAAGAGGGCGCGAAGCCGUCGCCGGUUGGCACAGCGCUGACCAAUGACGGUGGAGCGGUGGAACACCCGCUGCCGUACCUCAGCGUCGACGCACCAGCCAACGUCUCGCCCGACAGCGGGAUUCAGUCGUGCGGGGAGUCGCCGCAGCGCAUCGUGGGUUGCCAGGACGACGCGCCUGGGUACCACGGCGACGAGCCCCACCCGUAUAAGUCGCCGCACUUCGCCCUUCACGACGACUUGCGGCCGAGCGACAAGACGGAGCCGCUGAAAUCCGGACGCACUGACGGCGAAGGUGCGUCGUGCGUGGACAGCGCCGUGCAGUCCCUGCGCGUCUGUGCCUCGCAAAAGGUAGGUUUUCGCAACGAUCCGUCGGAGCGGACUUCCCUACCGCUGGAUAUCGAAUGCAAGAUGGCAGACGCCGAAGCCGCCAAAGAGCUGCCGUCUUCACCGCCACGGUGCGCGUCAACGACGACAGCUGCGUCGCCAAAAACAUUGCCGAACAUUGGUUCUUCGGCGAAAGACGGUUUCAGCGACAGAACGGUCGACGAUAGAGUUGACUUAACGAAGGUUGCAGAUGUCGUCUUACCUUCUCCUUCCGAGCGAUUGAGGUCGAAAGGAGCGGAGAAGGAGGCUCCCAAGGACGCGAGUGCCGUUUCACCGCCGCGGCUGCGGAGUAGAAAAGAAGGGGAGGCUCCUUGUAAGCCCACGGAGCGGUUGAGUGGUGCGAAGACCAGGGUGAAAGGGGCCUCGGCACCACUCUCCAGAAGCGGGAGGGCAUCGCGGAGCGCCGCAUCCAAGACUUCAUCGCGGAAGAGCGGGCGGUUGGAAUGCGGCGACAGCGAACUUCAUCAGCUGGUUCAGCGGGUCCAAGACUCCAUCUGCACGCAGUUUCAGGAGUCAAUGGGUGCGUCGAGCGACUUCGAGGUUGGAGCCGACCUCUGCGGAGGCGACUGCAUCGAGAUGGAGGAGCCGAGGCCAAAAGACGAAGUGACGGAGGUAGAUGAGCCGAAGGAAAUGUCGAAGAAGACCGAGCACGUUUCCUCGAAGACCGUCGAAGAGGAGGAACGCAAGGAGCGGAAAGAGGGGACGAAGGCGGAGGAGAAGCCCGUUCCGCGGAAGCGUGGCAGGCCUCCCCGUUCAGACAAGACGAGGCGAGCGGUCAAGGUCGAGGCAACGACCUCUCGACAGCGGAGAAGACACGCCUCCAAGGAAGACGUUGUGACGAGCAAGGCCACCACGGAUCGCAAGGUUCCGCCAAAGGAGCUGGAUUCUAAGCCGGACGUUAACGCGAUUGAGUCCCGCUACCGCAAAGAGCCGCGGAAGUCCACUUCUACCGACUGCAGGGUCAAGAGCUCGUCGCGGAAGACUGAAGAAGUCUCGAAAGAAGCGGAAACCCCUCAUGAUUCAUUGCCAAGGGAAGACGGCGGAGACGAGUCGGUUGACAUAGACGCCCUGCUCCAUGAGUGCAGCAUUGAGGAGCAGACACACCUCCUGCACAUGUACCAACGCAAGAUGAAGAAGAAGAGGUUCGUGCAACAGCCGUCACGGCGGAACCGGCGCGGCGGCCUGCGGAAAUCGUCGAGCCGCGCGUGCCGAGAGUCGGAGAGCUGCGCAUCCAUCGACGCGCUAGUGGAGGCACUGUCAUCCGCGUUCAUCUCGAAGCAGACGACGGUGCCCAAGACGGAUGCGGUGCCCUCCAUCUUUCGGAUCGUGAAGUACCUGCGGCCCAAGCGGUCCUCCGAGAGGCCGCUCCGGCAGUCUGUAAGCAUGGCGAAGACCGAACUGCGGAAGACUGAGAAGGAAGAGGCGAAGGCGGCGCCCGCAAAGAAAGGGAAGCCCAAGAAGCAGACGCAGCCUUCGCCGGCGGUCCCCGAGUCGUCGCCAGAAUUGCAGACUCCGCCGUCCGGGGAUCGCUGCCUCCCCCUCAAGAAGCGGCACUGUCUCCUCAGCGACGAGAAGUCGUCAACGGAGGAGAAAGAGCCCAAGCCCCCCAAUGCUUCGGCGGAGAGAAACCACGGAAAGCAGACGACGGCAGCCCCCACCGAAGUCCCUGCCAAGAAGACCAGCGAGGCAGCCGAGACGCCCUGUCCACCCCGAUCGUGUGAAACGCCAGUCUUAACGAAGGCGGCAAAGAAAGCGCUGUUCCCCAUCGUCCCAUCUAAACCGCCGUGUCCCGAGCCCAAAGCUCCGAAGAAGAAGAAGAAGGCGAGAGGCAAGAAACAGAGGCCACACCCUAGGACGAAGAGGACGAGCGGCAAUGGCAACGACGACGGGAGAGUCCCCGCGUCGUCUACGUCCGUUGAUGAAGCCAUCGAAAGUUGCGUUCAAAAGUUUGCAGAUUCGGCAAAGUCGAGCGAAGAGUCAAGGUCGCGGUCAAGGUCACGGUCUCCUGUCAGGCGCAAAGAGGACGAGGCAGAAGUCAUGGCAGAAGCCACGGCAGAAGUUAUGGCAGAAACCACGGCAGAAGUCAUGGCAGAUGCCACGGAAGAAGCCACUGGAGAUGCCACGGAAGAAGCCACAGAAGAAGCCACGGCUGAAACCACGUCGGAAGCCACACCAGAAGCCACGUUGGAGGAGGCACUAGCAGACGAUGAGGACAACCUUCCGCUGUCCACCCUGCUUGCUCAGCACGCUGCCGAAGAGGCACGGCGGAGCGACGACAGCGAGGCUGUGACGUUGGUGGAGGACGACAGUGAUCCAGACAACCCGCUAAAGAAGAUCUCGCUGCUAAAGCAGAAGCAGCAGAAGCUGCUGAAGGCUGUCGAAAGGGCAAGGAGGUCCAAGGAAAAGCAGAAUGAGGCGUCCCCUGCGGGAGACGACCCAGCUCAGAUGGGGAAGAGGCACAGAAAGCGGAAGAUGAGGAACAGGACAGGUUUUGUGAAGGUCAAGCGGAAAAGGGUGGCAGCGCAGAAGGCUCCCGUGGCGGCUGCUGUGGCGGCAUCCGACUACAAAUUUGAUUUGGAGGAGAAGGAUUCUUGCGAAGACAUGUCGAUGAAGGAAGAUGAUGCGGCCGAGGAUGUUGGCUCCGUGCAGACGGGCGUGCAUCAACCCGAAGUCGACGAGAAAGUAGAGGCUGAAUUAGACUGCAAAGUUGAUGACAAGGACAAGCUAUAUGGCGUCGUUGCAGAUGACAAGCUGGAGGCCGAGCACAAGACCAAAGCAGAGGGAAGGUCAGAGUCCGACGACAAGUCUGAAGCAGACGACAAACCUGAAGCAGACGACAAACCUGAAGCAGACGACAAACCUGAAGCAGACGACAAACUUGAAGCAGACGGCAAGCUUGAAGCAGAGGGCAAGCUUGAAGCAAAGGACAAGCUCGAAGGAAGCAGCCUUCCAGAUGCAGACGACCAACCAAAAAAGGAAAAACCUGAAGCGUGCAAGAAGGUCGGAAAGAAGGGAAAACAAAAACUCGCCAAGAAGGUUGUGCCGUGUAAUAAGGCCAAGGUGGCCAGCAAGAAAUCCGUGAAGGGCCGAGGCAGGAGGAAAGGCCGCAAGAAGAAAAUUGUGUGCAAGCCUGCCAAGAAAAUGGCCAUUGAAAAGAAAGCAGCUUCACCAGAGCCCGCAAUGAAGGAAUCUGCUACGGAGGUGGAAUUAGCCAAAGUUCCGGCUCCGGAUCCGGCACCGGAUUCGUCUCCCGACCUGGCCAAGCCCGCCGCCGCAGUCGUGGACACCAUUGCCGAAGCAAUCGAGGCCGUGGUGGCCCGUGCCAAGAAAGUCGCCUCUGUGCCGUCUGCCAAAGGGAAAGCCAAAGCGAAAGUCGAAGCCAUAGCUGUGGCCGCAGCCAAGCGUAAAGAAGCACCUCAGAAGGAAGUCGUCCAUCCCAAGAAGAAAGCCGUAAAGUCGAAAGAAGCAUCCGCUCCUACGUCCACUCCAACGUUGUCUGCUGCUGCGUCGUCCGAUGCCGCGUCUACAUCGUCUGCCACGUCGUCUGCUUCCGGUGUGGCUGGCGGCAGCAAGCCACCCAAAAAGAAAUGCAAGCUGGACAGCGCUUCGCACAAGGCUGCUUCGCCAAUCAAUGGCGGACCUCCGCUCCCGGAGAACACGCCGGUCGUGACGGUGACCAAGCCGUCGUGCGGCGGCGGCGCCCAGCACGGCACGCGGCGGCGCAGGCGGCGAGAGCACCAGCUGCCCAAGAAGAAGUACCUCAAGGCUGGGCUCUACUCGAGCUCUUUCAAGGAGGACGGGACGUCCUCUCAGAGUAAGGAUGCUGCCGAGGUUUCAACGACGGAGGCAACUCUACCCGAGCAGCUCAGUUCACUCAACCUCAAUGCUUUGGUGCGGUGGGAGUCCUCACCGGACGGCAUGCGACUAACCACUGCCUGCACCGUGCCCGGCUCCGUGCAGGCUGCUAACAAUGCCCGGGCUGCGCUCCGCGAGCCCAGCAAGGAGGAGAGUCCACCGCCGGAGGAGAAGUCCGGCGGGCUGAUGCCGUCCCCGAUCCACGCCGGAAAGUACCUCCGCCAGAAACGGGCGGACUUCCAGCUCUGCUACGACAUCUGGUGGCUGCACAAGCACAAGCAGCUCCUGUUCAGCUAUGACCCCGUCAAUAACUACAAAAGAAUCAAGUCAAACGUGUAUGUGGACGUGAAGCCGGUGUCGAAGUAUGAGGUCCAGAGCUGUAACUGCGGCCGUCCCAAGUCAAAAGCCGAGAAAGGCUGCGGAACCGACUGCCUCAACAGGAUGAUGUACGUGGAGUGCUCCCCCGCGCUGUGCCCGUGCGGGGACCAGUGCAGCAACCAGAAGAUCCAGAAGCACGACUGGAGCCCCGGCCUGGAGCGCUUCAUGACGCGCAACCGGGGAUGGGGCAUACGCACGCGCGAAGCCAUCAAGUCAGGGGAGUUCAUCCUAGAGUACGUCGGGGAGAUUGUGAGCGAGCAGGAGUUCCGCCACCGGAUGGCGGAGCGCUACCGCAACGACGAGCACCACUACUGCCUGAAUCUGGACUCCGGAAUGGUCAUCGACGGGUACCGGAUGGCCGGGGAGGGCCGCUUCGUCAACCACGCCUGCGACCCCAACUGCGAGAUGCAGAAGUGGUCGGUAAACGGGGUGUACCGGGUGGGGCUGUUCUCGCUCAAGGACAUCCCUGCCAACACUGAGAUCUGCUACGACUACAACUUCCACAACUUCAACAACGAGCGACAGCAAGAGUGCAAGUGCGGCAGCGACCAGUGCCGGGGCUUCAUCGGGGGCAAGUCGCAGCGGCUGAACGGCCAGGCCAAGGAGAAGGACAAGGCCAAGGAAGGGGCCAAGGGCACCUCCAGCCGCUCCGUGCGCAAGCGUCAGCGGGAGAGACUGCGCCACCGCAGAGACGGCAAGCCGGAAGGGGUGACGACGGUGGCCUCGUCGUCCGCCCGGCUGGGCCCGUUGCAGCUGAAGCCGCUCUCCCACCAGCAGCGCUGCUUCGUCCAGAAGCACCGCUGCUUCCUGUUGCGCAACUACGACCGUGCAAAGCGCUCGCCCCCCAAGCCCCUCAGGGACCGCGGGGGGCAGCCCCCGGGCGGGGCCUGCUCGGAGCUGGCGUCUGGGAGCAGCAAGCACUGCCAGCACCAGGCCGGGCCGAGCCCGCCGGCGCAGCACCCGCAGCCGCCGGGGGAGGAAGAGGAGGGGGAGGCCUUCCGCACCCAGUUCACGGCCCUCAACACCUCCCGCUCGGUGCGCACCCGCCAGCUGGCACGGGCCCAGGAGAACACCCAGCUGGCACGCACCGCCCGGCUGGCCCAGGUCUUCAGGGACAUCUGCAGCUCCGUGCUCGCCUGCAAGGACGACAAUGGGAAGGUCCUGUCCACACCGUUUGUGAAUCUCCCAUCCAAGCGCAAGUGCCCGGACUACUUUGAGAAGAUCCACACCCCGAUCGACUUGAACACGAUCGAGAAGAACAUCAUCACCGGGGAGUACAAGGACCUGGAGACCUUCGCGGCAGACUUCAACCUCCUGUUUGACAACGCUGAGCUUUACCACAAGGAGAAUGUGGACCUGGUGAGCUCGCUGGGGAAGCUGAGGCGGUGCUACGAGGAGGCCAAGUAUUUGGUGGUGCCCAUCCUAGAGGACAUCCUCGGGGAGCCUGUGCCCUCACACUUCACCACUUACUCGUCUACCAAUGAAAAACCAGCGGAGGAAGACGAGGAGGUGAUUCGGUGCGUGUGCAACAUCUUCAAGGACGAAGGACUUAUGAUACAGUGCGAGAAGUGCUUUGUGUGGCAGCACUGUGAUUGCAUGGGGGUGAACGGCGACAUUGAGAACUACCUGUGCGAGCUAUGCAACCCCCGUGAGGUCUGUCUGGAGAUCCCCCUGGGUCCUCCUGUGCAGAAUGGCGGCUACCAGUCCUUCCUCACCCUGCUCAAAGGAACCCUGCAAGUCCGGCAGGGGGACUGCGUGUACCUGGCCAAGGACAAGAGCCCCCUGAAGCCGCUCUCCCAGGAGGUGCGGAGCGAGAGGUCGAGGCGCUCCGCGGACGCGGCGGGAGACCCGGACGAGGCGGAGGAGGCGGAGCCGGGCGUGGGGGGAAAGACCACCCUCCUGCGGACCCUGAGGGGAGGGGCGGAGGAGGAGGACGGCGGAGCGGCCUCCUUGCCGGAAAACAGCCUGGACAUCUUCCGGGUGGAGCGGCUGUGGAAGAACGAGAGGGGGGAGAAGUUCCUGUUUGGGCACCACUACCUGCGGCCUCACGAGACCUUUCACGAACCCACACGCAAGUUUUUUCACAACGAGGUGCUGCGCAUCCCGCUGUACGAGAUUGUGCCCCUGGAGUGCGUGGUGGGCACCUGCUGCGUCCUGGACCUGGCCACCUACUGCCGGGGGCGUCCCCGGGGCUGCGCCGAGAAGGACGUGUACGUGUGCGAGUGCCGGGUGGACAAGGGCGCCCGCCUCUUCUACAAGAUCACCAAGCCCAAGUACCCAGUCUGUACCAAGAGCUACGCCUUCGACGUCUUUGAGACCAAGCUCACCCCCAAGAGGACGUACUCGCCUCGCAGCGUUCCUGUCGUGUACCAGAAGCGGAGCCGGACGCGGGUCGCCGGUUUUGCGGACACGAGCAGCGCCGACAGGGAGGUGAAGAAAGAACGCCUGGACAAAGUGGUGCGUCGCCUGGCAGCCUCUGCAGCCACCGAAAAAACCAGCGAGAUCCUCGAGGCAACGCGGUAGCUCUCUCGCAACAUCACCGCAACGUUGUGACUGUGUCGCCCCCUCAACGUUGUGACCACGUUGGCCCUCAAUGUUGUGACAACGCUACCCCAACGUCGUGGCAGUGUCGUCGCCUCAACGCUGCAACCACGACGUCACGGAAACAUUGCGCCAAUGUUGCCGCCGCAACUUUACGACUGUGUCGUCACCGCAACGUUGCAACGACACGUCACGGCAGCGGGACUCUCGUCCGGAAUAUUUGGGGUGGCGGGGAGCUUUUUGGCGAUGCCUAAGCGGCACCUUUUAGAAAGGAACAUGUAUACGCUACAUAUAUAUAUAUAUAUAUACAUAUGUGAAGGCACAGGAUUUUAAAAAUGCUAGAGGUUAUUGAUAUUCGAGACCUAAAAAUUGGCUUUGUCCCAAUGGCCGUGCAACCCCACUGCACUACGUUUUAUCUUCUCAGAGUCCCUGAGGAGUCGCGUGUCGGCGGACUAUCAUAGAAUCAUCAUCGGCAGAUUUUAAUUGCAUUUCUUUCUUUUUUCUUGUACAGCGGCUACCAGCCAUCAUUUGCCCGACGAGUUCAUUCGAUGAAUUUUUUGGGUCGCCUCGAGUCAUUUUUUUUACGAUGCCUCCUAGUUUUUUCGUUUUUGGUACGACAGCAUGUUGUCUUUUCUUUACCGCACGUUGCACACGCAUAAAUUAUGUUGUCCAAUUGUUCUCUCAUUUAGCUUGUUUCGUGUUUACACGCGUGCGGGAAGUACAAAAUCAGAUUAAUAUACGACCGUUUUAGAUUUUGAAGUAUGCGAACACGUGUAAACACUAUUUCGAGACUCAAUCGACGUACAUAAGAUUGUCGGACGGCACUAGAGACGCAGACUGCUGUCGACCGGAAAACUACGACGGCAGUGUCUGGAUCGAGCGAUAAAUUAAAGAAUCGGUUUUAAAUUUUAACUAUAACUAAAAAGAAACUUGCUUAAUGGAUUGUGCAUUAAACGGAGAGGUAGACGAAAGGGGCAAAACGAAGAAUUUUUUAAUUCGUGCACAAUUGAAAGUCGUCGCCAGUCGACGACGUCGGAACCCGAAUUAUUUCGGAUAUCCGUCUUUGUGGCACAAACGUAAGAUCCUUUAGCAUCUUUUCUUGUCGGGAAGAGGGGGGGGGGAUUUAUUGUGCACACUUUUACCGUCGUCGUCCGCACACGCCGAGCGCUCUUUUUUCUCGUGCAGAGCGAUAAAAAGGCACCA